AUGUCGUCAAACUACUCUACUCAGUAUUACGCGGCUACUGGCGCGGUCCCCAUUCCCUCCGGAAAGGGGCAGUUCCCCACGUACCCUGCCUACUACAACAGCAAUGACAGCAACUACUCCGUCUCUCCUCCUGAGGAAUCCGAUCCGUCAGUGACUUCCGGGUCUGGCAUGGGUCAUUCCACCUAUUCCGUUCCCGCUUCUACCUAUGCUGGAAGUAGCCAGGGAGACUACGAGAGCGCGGGAUCUGCAAGCGGCAUCGAUCUUAACGAGUACAUGCAAGAUCGAUUUGCGGACACGUUCUCGCCGAUCCCCCUCGAUCGCUUGACGGUUGAGCAGGCCAAGAUUUCUGGCGGUCUGAACGCAAAGCACCGCGAGGUCCUCGAGCUUCAAGCUAAAGCGCAAGCACGUCUCGCGAGAACAAGAGCCCGAUUCGCUCAGGGGCUCGAAGAUGCACAGGCAGUGCGGAAAGAUCUCGAAUGGACACAGAAGAAAGUGACAGCUCUUUCGGCCAAGGCGGCGAAGCAGCACCCCAAGGAGUACAGCAAGGCGCGGGCACGCCACCCUUCUCCGGAUGCGUUCUAA